AUGAACUCACAAAAUGAGUUCCAAUACUUAAAAGCAACAAAAAGCAAUAUAGCACUACGACAAAACAACAACAACAACAACAACAACAAUAGGACCAAAAGAAGAAAAAAUCAAUUUUUUCGACAAAACAACCCAGCCAAGAAACAAUUAGAAAUAGCAACAACAACAUUCGAGGAAAAAAAGGAAGAGAACAACUUCAUAAACAUACAUAUACCAGGCAAAAGACGAAUGAAACCAUCCGAAAUUAGAAAACAAUUAGCCUUCGUUGGAAUCGACAACAUACAAGUACUUGAUACAUACUGUCCAGAUUGGGAUACAGUACUAAUAUUAAUACACGAAAAAUAUAAAGACACAGCAGAAAAAAAAUUAGUACAGGCGGGUAUAUUCACAAAGGAAUAUAACUACCUACAUAUUUCACAUUUAAGAGACAGCAAAUUAGCAGGAUUAUAG